GGGAGAUGCUGAUCCGGAAGAGGCAAUGGCUGCAGUGCCGCGCGCGCGGCCGCUCCCGGCCCGCGGUCCGGCCUGGGCUGCUCUGUCAGAGUUUCUGAUCUAGCGCGACCCGGGCCCGGAGCUUGUAGCAGCAGCAGCAGCAGCAGCAGCAGCAGCAGCAGCAGCAGCAGCGCGGCGGCGCCGGCGCCGGCAUCGUCCUAACUUGCACGCGCGGAGUGACCCCCAGACAUUUCACUAAAAUGAGCGUGCUUAGCAGGAAGAGAUGUGUUCCUUACACUAGAAAUUACCCCGUCACAUGUAGUGGUGUCCCAAUUAAUGGAUUCUGACAUGGAUUAUGAAAGGCCAAACGUAGAGACCAUCAAGUGCGUUGUGGUGGGAGACAACGCGGUGGGCAAGACCAGGCUCAUCUGUGCCCGGGCCUGCAAUGCCACGCUCACCCAGUACCAGCUGCUUGCCACCCAUGUGCCCACGGUUUGGGCCAUCGACCAGUAUCGGGUGUGCCAGGAGGUGCUGGAACGCUCCAGAGAUGUGGUAGAUGAUGUCAGCGUCUCCCUCCGCCUCUGGGACACCUUUGGAGACCACCACAAAGACCGCCGCUUUGCUUAUGGGAGAUCCGAUGUGGUGGUUCUGUGCUUCUCCAUUGCCAACCCCAAUUCCCUCCACCAUGUCAAGACCAUGUGGUACCCAGAAAUCAAGCACUUCUGCCCCCGAGCACCUGUCAUCUUGGUGGGCUGCCAGCUGGACCUGCGCUAUGCUGACCUGGAGGCCGUCAAUAGGGCCAGGCGACCCUUGGCUAGGCCCAUCAAGCCCAAUGAGAUCCUUCCCCCAGAGAAGGGUCGGGAGGUAGCCAAGGAGCUGGGCAUCCCCUACUACGAGACCAGCGUGGUGGCCCAGUUCGGCAUCAAGGACGUCUUUGACAACGCCAUCCGCGCCGCACUCAUCUCCCGCCGGCACCUGCAGUUCUGGAAAUCCCACCUCCGCAAUGUGCAGCGGCCUCUGCUGCAGGCGCCCUUCUUGCCUCCCAAGCCGCCUCCCCCCAUCAUCGUGGUGCCAGAUCCCCCCUCCAGCAGCGAGGAGUGCCCCGCCCACCUCCUGGAGGACCCGCUGUGCGCGGAUGUCAUACUGGUGCUGCAGGAGCGGGUGCGCAUCUUUGCCCACAAGAUCUACCUCUCCACCUCCUCCUCCAAGUUCUACGACCUGUUCCUCAUGGACCUGAGUGAGGGGGAGCUGGGGGGCCCCUCGGGGCCAGGGGGCCCCCGCCCAGAGGACCACCGGGGUCACCCUGAUCACCACUACCACCAUCACCACCACCACCACCAUGGCCGGGACUUCUUGCUUCGGGCGGCCAGCUUUGACGUAUGCGAGAGCGUGGAGGAGGGCGGGGGCUCGGGUCCUGCUGGGCUCCGCGCCUCAACCAGCGAUGGGAUCUUGCGGGGCAACGGAACAGGGUAUCUGCCAGGGAGGGGUCGAGUACUGUCUUCCUGGAGCCGAGCUUUUGUGAGCAUCCAGGAAGAGAUGGCUGAAGAUCCUCUGACCUACAAAUCCCGGCUGAUGGUGGUGGUAAAAAUGGACAACUCCAUCCAGCCGGGGCCCUUCCGGGCUGUUCUCAAGUACCUGUACACCGGGGAGCUGGAUGAGAACGAGCGGGACCUCAUGCACAUCGCCCACAUUGCUGAACUGCUUGAGGUCUUUGAUUUGCGCAUGAUGGUGGCCAACAUUCUCAACAAUGAGGCCUUCAUGAACCAAGAGAUCACUAAGGCCUUCCAUGUCCGUCGGACCAACCGGGUUAAGGAGUGCUUGGCAAAGGGCACCUUCUCAGAUGUGACUUUCAUCCUGGAUGAUGGCACCAUCAGCGCCCAUAAGCCCCUGUUGAUUUCCAGCUGUGACUGGAUGGCUGCCAUGUUUGGGGGGCCAUUUGUGGAGAGUUCCACCAGGGAGGUGGUGUUUCCUUACACGAGCAAGAGCUGCAUGAGGGCAGUGCUGGAAUACCUCUACACGGGCAUGUUCACCUCCAGUCCCGACCUGGACGACAUGAAGCUCAUCAUCUUGGCCAACCGCCUCUGCCUGCCACACUUGGUUGCCCUCACAGAGCAGUACACAGUGACCGGGCUGAUGGAAGCAACUCAGAUGAUGGUGGACAUUGAUGGAGAUGUCCUUGUGUUCCUAGAACUGGCUCAGUUCCACUGUGCGUACCAGUUGGCCGACUGGUGUCUUCACCACAUCUGCACCAAUUACAACAACGUGUGCCGCAAGUUCCCGCGAGACAUGAAGGCCAUGUCCCCAGAAAACCAGGAGUAUUUUGAGAAGCACCGGUGGCCACCUGUCUGGUACCUAAAGGAAGAAGAUCACUACCAGCGGGCACGGAAGGAACGUGAGAAGGAGGACUAUCUCCACCUGAAACGGCAGCCCAAGCGGCGGUGGCUGUUCUGGAACAGUCCGUCCUCACCGUCCUCUUCUGCGGCCUCCUCGUCGUCCCCAUCUUCCUCCUCGGCUGUGGUCUGAGACGCUGCCACCCUCUCCCGAUCCCGCUGCUGUUCUCCCCACUUGCCUUCGCCCCUCUGCUCUUCUGCAUCGUCCCCUCCACCUCCCAGGGACAAGGGGACCCGCGUAACCAGGACCCUAAGGGCAGGGCUGUUCUCACCAGCCAAGAUAGCUCAGCAAGAGAGGAGGGGGGCCUUGUGGAUCAGGACAGGGACCCCUGCGGGGGUCCCCAGUUCCAAAGCAGGGCAGGAGGCGGACGAUUGCUGGGAGAUGGGGAGCAGGGAAGGAAUGGAGAGCUCUGGCAUCUGACUCUGGGUUGGAGAACGCUGGCACCCGAGCGAAACUCUCCCGGCCAUGAGGCUAUGUGUCUUGGUCUGCGGAGGUGGCCCCCUCCCAGGACGCAGCAGCGCGCAGGGAAGGUCCUGUCUCUCUUGGCCACUUUUUUCCAUCAGUGGACCUGAGGGUUGCAGAUGUUUUGUGGGCAUUUCCACACGGCGCCUACUCAGAUCCUCACUGGAGAAGUCAGGGUAGAAAUUAAGCCUUCAGCCCAACUCCAGGCUUCCACAUCCUGGGGUGCAGCUGCCGAGGCCGCAGGUGGAAGGCUUGCACUCUGCAACCAUCCCGCCCUCCCUAGGUGAUAGGCGUCUGGGCCUGAUAAAGGAUGGCAGAGACUGUUUAGAGCUUCAGGCCUCGGAGCCGUGCCUCUUGGUGCAGUGGGAAACUUCUCCCUCCCCCAUCCCUCCCCACUCAGAUCCUGAGGUGGGAACCAAAGGAAACAGCUGGGACAGGGGGAGAGGAGAACGUGGGUGGUGGGGUCUGGGCGCAGCAACCCCAGGCUCUCCUGGGCUCCUCCUCCUGCCUCUGGUUAGCAUGGCUUCUUAGCACGGUGGGGCCAAAUUAGCAAAAAAAAAAAAAAACAAACCCCCAAACAACAACAAAAUCACCACCAACCAAAACACUUUAGCCUCUCUAUUCCCUCAAAGAAAGAAAAAUACAAGAAGAUCCUGUAUAUCUUA